CGUGAUGCGCAUCCUGAUGCUGCACAACGAGAAAGGCUGGCAAGAGAGAUUCCCGGCUUAAAUCCUCGUCAAGUACAGGUUUGGUUUCAAAACAGGUAUGAUCAUGAUGAAGAGCUACGUCGAUGAUUCCAUGAACAACGCUGAUCUUAUUUUUUUCAUACGCAAAAGGAGAGCAAAGUUGAAGCAAUUCUCAAAGGCCGAUCAAGAACGAAUGCUCAAGUCAUGGGCCCUCCCAGCAAAUUUUGACGCAACUCGGCUGUUAUCCGUAUCUCAGCAGGGGCAUGCUGCAGACAAUGAACCUUCAGAUAGAGUUUUGGGCCCUGCGCAAUCAAAGGCCCUUGUGUGGCGCUAUCUGAAUCCUGCGACGCUAAAUACCAUAGGUUCAUCCGAAAGACAGAUCUUUGAGCCGCUAAACCUGGAAAUACAUAAUACUGCAUCGCGGUCGAAGCAGAUAGCUGAACAGGACAGCUCAAGUUCAGCAGCAUAUCAAAGCAGGAACGCAAAUACAAGUCAUGGCAGGUCGACAAUGGUUUUACCAGGUGGAGGUAUAUCGCCAAUCAAAUCUCCAGGAGUCUUCACAUCGCAUGAUUUUCAAACACAAUUUAUUGGGCAGAGAAAUCACAAUUGGUCCAGCAACGCACCAGAAGGCCAUUCACAGGACUAUCCCUCUUCUACAAUAGGUUAUAGCCAGAGCGCCAGUGGAAAUCCACUUCAGAUUUAUCCUCACGGAAACCCUUUGCCUCUGGCCACAGCCAAUCAUCAUCAAACUGAUCUUACCACGGCACCGGCUGACACUGUCCCUCAAAGCGCGAAUGUUUGGAAUAAUACACUUACUCAAGGUAUGUUUACUAGUCUCGAUUUUGAUUUUCAUUGAAGAGUAAUUGAAAACCAGCACCAGAGGAGCAUCAUCGCUCUCAAUUUUCGAGGCCCUUUACGCCAAGUUUUGCUUAUGCUACACACACAAAUUAUCAAUCAAGCCCCUAUCCGCAUUCUGCUCCUGCGUAUAUGGAGGCGUUUCAUUCGGAACCUUCGAAUACUGCUCCAGUAACCGCACAGCCGGUCGAUACGUCUCUCGGAGGAGGCACGGUAUACAGGGAUUUGCGCAUCAACUAUCUUGAGCAAACCUCUCCUCAGAGUUCCAGCCUACCGGACAAUUCGACGUUUUCUAGGUAUUCCCAGGAAAUGGAUGGCG